AUGGAAACAUUCAACGGGUUUGUUGAAACGACCCAUGAUGCAUUGCUGCUGUUUGAGGCAUGUAGAAUAGGGAUUAUCAAUUGUGUGCAGAACCGAUUGGACGAUAAACAAAAAAAUGAGAUUUCUCAUGGUAGCUGUUAUGUAUUUUGUCAGCGCGACACGGGCAUCAAAAGAUGGACGGAUGGAAGACUUUGGGGACCCAGUCGGAUUCUUGGACAUUUUCUUGUCUAUCGUGAACUUGAUGUGAAAAUUCCCAAGCCACGUAAUCAAAAGUAUGAUAAACAGGAUCGUAGAAUAAUCGAUCUGGAUGGCAAAUCAGCUACCGUUGGAAGUAAAGGGACAUAUAUUGUUCGAGAAAGUGGACUAAUUAAAAAAACAAUAGCUGUUCAUAUGAAUGGAGAAAUUUAUCACAUGAUUGCAUAUUACACUCAAGCAGAUCUCAUAUUUGGAGGCAUGGAAACUCCCCGCGAUGUUCCUGAAUUGGCUUGUCUAUCACCGGAUCCUACAAAAAUCACACUAACGCAGACAUAUAGUGCAAAGAGAUCAAAAUCGACAGAUAUGCUUGACAAUGAUGAUUUUGAAGACGAGCAUGGCAGAAUCGGUUCAAAAAUAGCUUAUGCUGAGCGUGGGUCGGUUCAAUCAAACAAGUCGUUCACAUCAAGAACUCGUUAUCGCAAUCAGCCGUACAAAUACAAUGAUGGAUGUGAGACUGUGGACAAUAGCGGAUCGCAUAGUUUAGUUGCUCGACGAGGAUACUUUAGACAUGGUCCCAAAACUUCAAUUUCAAACAAAGACGAGACUCCCAUUAUAUCUAAAAAUCAGAGAGAUAUCACAAGCCCUGCUUUAUGGUCACCUUAUGCGUUUCAAGAUAUAUUUGAAAGUAGGACAACUCAGCAUAGCAUGCCAACACAAUCUUCCACUGAACACAGCUACAAACAGUAUGCGAUAAACCCAAUUUAUCACAAUCUUCCACUAGUGAGUGCCAAUCCUCCCAUGGUUGUAAACACACAUGUAGAUUCUUCAGCAUAUCCGUUCAACAUGGAUGGUCGGAUGAUUGAAUCGCCUACGUUAAAAUCUAGCAUGAAUAGUUUGGAGUCGAAUCUUUUUUUAAACCAACACCUUUCUAUUCCAGAAAAGCUUGAUUGUCAUGCUUCGGGUCUUUCCGACAACAUUCUUGGAAUGUCGUAUGGAAUUGAUACAACUGUAUUAAUUUCAUCUGAUCCACAUUUUAAUUUUGUCAGCACAAGUCUGCCAUUACAAGCGAGUGGUGGAAUGGAUAGUUUUGUAAAUACAGCCGCAUUGAAUAUCCAUCAUCCAAUAUUGUCCGCUCAGUUGCCAUCAUCAAGUUUGGCUCAGUCUCAGCAAUCGGUGCUUUUUCCGCAACGCUGGAUACCUUCACCAACACAAACCGAGUUUGAAACGAAUCCAACGACACUUGGCAUGCUAGAUCAUAAUCUCACCAUGAACGAUAUGUUUCCACUGCUUGGUAUGCCUCAAAAGACAGUUUAUACACCGGCGGAUGACAUUUUUUCUAUUCUUUCUGCCUCGAAUGAUGACAAACAUGUCACUCCAGAUCCAAUAGAAGCACUCUUUUGCCAAGAUGAACUAAUUCUGCCAUUCAUAGAUGAUGGUGUCGGUGAAUGGAACAGAUUUAUGGAUGUUUGCUUUGAUGUUGAUUGUAGUGGUAAUGAUAUUUCCAACAGUAUUGAUGGUGGCUGUGGUUUUGGACAGGCGGAUAGCCAUAAUGCAGUAUUUUCUAUGUUGGAGUAG